AUGACCAGUCAAAAGCCGGCCGCCAAGUGGCAGGACAAGCCGUCAGCUGGUCGAGCUUUGACAUGUGUGCCCCACUUUCUGGCCUGCAAGGUACUGUGCUCCAAAAAUUUCCAUCGAAGAAAAGACAAGCCAGGAUAUUUCCAACAUCAACAAACCGCAAAUCUCGAGUCGCAGCACGGCACGUUCUUUGACAUUGGCAGUAAUUGUUACCACCAUAAAUCAGUACUUCACCACGUCUGCCUUGAAUUAAAAGGAUUCGCCGAAUUUCUUUGCGACAAUAUGCCAUCGACACACAAGAAGGAGAAGCCAUGGGAUACCGACGACGUUGACAAAUGGAAGGUCGACCCGUUCACCAAGGAGGAUUCGUCUGGCGCAUUCCUGGAGGAAUCUUCAUUCAUGACACUAUUUCCCAAGUACCGUGAGCGCUAUCUGAAGGAUUCUUGGCCGCUCGUCACCAAGUCCCUGGAGAAAUACGGCAUUGAUGCAGUUCUGGAUCUUAUUGAGGGUUCCAUGACUGUCAAGACGACCCGAAAGACAUACGACCCUGCUGCUAUUCUUAACGCGAGAGACUUGAUCAAACUUUUGGCGCGGUCGGUUCCAGCACCCCAGGCAAUCAAGAUUUUGGAGGACGGAAUGGCGUGCGAUAUCAUCAAAAUUCGCAGCAUGGUACGGAAUAAGGAGCGGUUUGUCAAGAGGCGGCAACGUAUUCUGGGACAGAAUGGCACCACAUUGAAAGCGCUAGAACUUCUUACCCAGACCUAUAUCUUGGUCCAUGGUAACACAGUAUCAGUGAUGGGUCCAUUCAAAGGGCUCAAGGAAGUAAGAAGGGUCGUGGAGGAUACCAUGCAAAAUGUGCAUCCUAUUUACCUGAUCAAGGAACUAAUGAUCAAGAGAGAGCUGGCCAAGGAUCCCGCCCUGGCACAGGAAGACUGGAGCCGGUACCUACCAAACUUCAAGAAGCGCACAUUGUCCAAGAGACACAAGCCACAUGUCGUCACGGACAAGUCCAAGAAAACAUACACGCCAUUCCCCCCUGCACCCGAGAAGAGCAAGGUCGACCUGCAGAUCGAGAGUGGCGAGUACUUUUUGGGCAAGGAGGCGAAGCAACGGAUGGCCGAGCAAGAGCGCGCGGAGAAGUCGAAGCAGAAGAAGGAGGAAAAGAAGCGAGAACGCGAGAAGGAGUAUGUGCCGCCGGAGGAAAGUGCUUCCAAGUCCAAGAAGAGAAAAACAUCGCGCGAUUGA